AAAGUAGUCUUUAGUGGACUGCGCAGCACUUUUUUAUAAAUUGAAAUACAUAAAACUUGCAUAAAACUCAAUUGAAAUACGGUGAAAGUGGUGUCAAUUUAAAGUUUAAAGUUUUUGAUUGGAGCUCAAUCUUGCAGUGUCGCCGUCUCCGUCUCUGUCUCUUGGGAUUGGGGCAGGGCGUGAAAUGUUAAGGAUUCAUGUGAAAAUGGGUCCGCAACGCAAUCAUAAUAAUAAUAACAACAACAAUAAUAACGGCAACAGUGCCGCGAGCAGUAACAACCACAAUAACAACAGCAACAACAUCAGUAUGCGCAACAACAAGGAGUUUACCUGCUGUUUUGGCCUACAUGUUCAUACCGCAACCCUAAUGAUCGGUUUAUGGCAUUUGUUCCUGAACAUUUUGGCCUUGAGCGUUUUGGCUGUCAUUUGGCGUAAUCCGGAAAUGAUGGAUGAACUGGAAAGUGGCGGUAGUCAUGAUUAUACCAUAGAUCUCAAUGCACCGGCUUUACCCACACCCUUGAGUAAGGUGGAUCCUCCAUAUGCUUUUCGUGAUCACUCUCUCAACUAUCGUAAGCGUUACCAGAACUUUGACAUGGGCGGAUUGGUAUGCACUUGCAUGAUAGCCAUUACCUUGAUGAUGAUCUAUGGCACGAUUAAAGGCAAACCUUCUCAUCUGUUGCCCUUCUUUUGUCUGCAGUUAUUUGAUUUUGCCAUUACCACUUUGACAGCCGCUGGUUAUUUAUGCUAUCUUCAGGCCAUACAUCGCAUCAUUGCCGAAUCGCAUCGUUUGCCAUGGCGUGAGAAGUUGUUGGAGCUGCCGCCUGAGGAAUUGGUUGUCGUUGUUCUGGUUGUCUUUAUCUGCAUUGUUUUCCUGAAGGCCUAUUGCAUUGGCAUUGUGUGGCGUUGCUACAAAUACCUGACCCUAAGGCAGCAGCAUCUGCGUAGUUUGUUGCCUUGUGUUAUGCCGGAAAUGGGUCUACAUGGUGUGGGUGUGGGCGGUGCUGGUGGCUUUACCACUGAGGAGCAACGUGCCUACACGACUCUCUUGCCAAACUAUGAUGAGGCCAUUGCACAGUAUUUGAAACAAGCACCGCCACCAUCCUAUCAAGUGGCCAUGUCAAACUAUCAAGAUGAUGACGAGAAUGGAGGAGCAGCUGGUGGUGGUGGUGCUGCUGGUGGUAUCACCCCGCUAUUUGUGACCUUGGAUAAUGUGCAUGGAGCCACAGCGAAUGCCGCUUCCAAUACGGAUGAGAAUAUGGAUAACAAUAAUGAUGUACCAAAUAAUAAUAAUACAAUGCAUGUGAACGCCAAUACGCCGCCAAUGAGACGCUCAGAAGGUGGUGCAGCAGCAGCAGCAGCAACUGGCUCGGAUGAGGAGGUGGAUGACGACGAUGAUGAUGAUUUGGAGGUUAUUGAUGCCGGUGGCAUGGAUAUUAUUGGAGGCAUUCCACCGCCACCGCCGUACAACGAUGUGGCCGAUGCUCAGGUUCAAGUGCCAUCACAUUCGCCCAUGCAUAUACCUGGUCAGGUUGUGAUUGGUCGUAAUGAGAGCCAGGCCUAAGUUGUGAUUUGUUUAAGUUUUGUGUUGUGACUCUAUCCGAAUCCUUGCCCCUGCCCCCGCCCCUGUCUCCGCACCCAUAUCCAUUGUCUUGCCUUCGCCACGCACAAUAUUUUUUUGAUUAUUUAUAGCCUAAUUUGGCUGACACAUUCCAAUCUCCAAUCCCGUUCCCUCCCAGUCCCAAAGAGAAAACAAAUGAAAUCAAAUAUAAUAUUUAUAAAAACAAAAUUUUAGCAUUCGCUUAUAACUGUUGUUAAACACGAAGGAUAAACAAAUAUUAUAAAUGAAUAUGCUCUGGAUUUUGCUCUAAAACAACCAUUAACAAAACUAAAACAAGAGAGAGAGAGUGAAAAAAUUUCAAGAUGUCUGGUUGGAAAAGCUUCAAUUCCUUUUUUGGCCACAUCUAGUUUUUUUUAAUAAUUUGUUAGCUCAGUUACCUCCUAUAUACCAAAACUAAGUGUGUUUUUUUAUGAUUUAACAAACUCUGGAUUUCUCUUAGUUUAAGCCCCGGAUGAAUAAUCCUUAACUCCCCCAUUUCAAUUUUCUCUUCUAUCCGCGCUCUUAAGUAGUUGUUAACCCAAGUGGAAAUGUUCUAUGUUUUUAAGGCUAUAUCGUGUAAGACUUUAUGCAUAUUUAAUAUAUACAUACAUCAAACACAA